AUGGAUAUUCAGACAGGCGACCUGUUUGACUUUGACGUGGAAGUGGAGCCCAUUCUGGAGGUCCUGGUGGGCAAGGUGUUGGAGCAGGGCCUGAUGGAGGUGCUGCAGGAGGAGGAGCUCGCAGCCAUGCGGCGCCACCAGGCACACUUUGAGUCUGUCCGUGCGGCAGAGUUGAUUGCGGCGCAGCGCCUCGAAGCGGCCGAGCGACGGAAGCUAGAGGAACGGGAGAGGAGGCUGCGGCAGGAGCGGGAGCGGAAGGAGCGCGAGCGCGUGGUGCGGGCCAAGGUGGCGGCAAGUGCGUUUGCGCGGGGCUACCUGAAUGGGAUCGUCACCAGCGUCUUCCAGAACCUGCAGGAUGCAGGCUUUUUUGUGGAUCCAGUGGAGCGCGAGGUGGAGGAGCUUUUCAUGCCCUGGCUGCAGGCGGCCGCUGUGCAGCACCUGGAGCGCACGAGGGCCGCACAUGCGGUUGUGCAGCAGCUUGUCGAGGAUGCAGUCGUGCUACGCGCGGAGGAGAAGGCAGCAGCAAUCGCCGCCGCGGACGAGGAGGCAGCAGCAGCUGAGGCAGCGGCAAAGCUCGCUGUCGAGGCGGCAGCAAAGAAGGCAGCAGAGGAGUUGGCUGCCAUUCGCAGCCGGGCGGCCUUCAUCCUGGGCGAGAUGCAGCCCCCGCUGGUGGACGAGGAGCAGGCUGCUCAGGCGCGUGCUGAGCUGCAGACACAGGCGCAGAGCAAUGUGGACGCAGCUUGGGAGGCCGAGCGCGCUCGGGUAGGCGAGGCAAGGCGCGCCGAGCUGGAGGCGGAGGCAGCCGCAGCGUCUCAGCAGGCUGCCGAAGACGAUGAUGCAGCGGGGGCCGGCGACACUGCUGACGUGGAGGCAGAGGUGGCUGCGGCCAUGGAGGCAGUGGCCAAGCCAGAGCCCAUGAAGGUCACUGAUGCUGAUGUGUUGAACGCCCUGAUUGAAAAGGGCGUCAUCACUAAAGAGGCGCUGAUUCAGGCGCUGGCGGUGGCGGCCCUGUCCGCCGAUGAUGGCCAAGCAGAGGAGCCUGGACUCGUGUGA